GUGCCUCGGCGCAUAAUGCGGAAACGGAAAUACAGAGUGUCCUUCACCUUCUACAUAUUUUGCGGGAAAAUUGACACUGUGCACAGUAGAUAUCUGUUGUGUAUAUCAUAUCCAGAGAGGAAAUGGUAUGACUCUGUGACUUCUUUAGUAGCCAUGGAUCCGGCAGAAGUGGAGUUUUUGGCCGAGAAGGAGUUGGUGACGAUCGUACCGAACUUUGCACAAGAUAAGAUCUAUCUGAUCAGUGGAGAUGUUGGACCAUUCAUCCCAAGUAUUCCACUGCAAGUGCCGCUUUGGAUGGCAGUCAACUUGAAGCAGCGUCAGAAAUGCAGAAUUGUGCCCCCUGAAUGGAUGGAUGUAGAAAAGUUAGAAGAAAAGAAACAAGAAGAAAUAGAUAGCAAGUUCUUCACAGCUAUGCCAAGCCAGUUCUACAUUGAAGUCACCCAAUUGCUCCUGCAGUGUGCCACAGAUGACAUCCCACGGGCAGACGAAGUCCGGACACUGAUUAAAGAUGCUUGGGAUCUUAGGAUAGCCAAACUCCGCAGCAGUAUUGACGUCUUUGUUAAUAGUGACGCCACACAUGCUAAGUUGAACUUUUUGACAUUAAUGGAGAUUAACACUGGUCGCCAGUUCCUGACCAAAGCCCUAGACCAGAUGCACCUUCUUCGGGCAAACCUGACUGGGGGUGGUGUUUUGGCCACGUAAGACUAAUGGCAAGAUCUUGACAGACUGCACCUCCAGCCAGCUGAAGUUCGGGAGCAGGGACGCCAACAUUCACAUGGUGUUGAUAAAUCUCAAGUGAUUCCUCAAAUAUUGAAACUAUGGACUAUGGUGAAUCAAAACUAUCAGCAAAAUGUAGUGAGUGCAUUUACCCAGUUGGCAUUUAUUUCUUUUAUGUAGGUAGGAAUUUAAAUUUGUGCAAUCUGUCUCGCCCUGUUCAUAACCCCAACCCUACCUCGCCCUCUAAUCCUCGUCUAAACGUAGUUAAUGGUGGGAGCUCUCAAUUCUCACACAAUAUACGGGGGCGUCACUAAGUGGUUUUAAGAAUAUACCUACAUUAGGCGUUCACAAGUUCAACUCAAGGUGUGUACAUUUAAUACGUCCACUUAUAUAUGCUGAACUCAAUGCUGCACGGGCAUGCUCUUAGUGCAUACAACUAAAACCAUAAACAAUUAUCAGCAAUAUAUGAUAGUUGUCAGCACAUGGCACACAACACAGUGUUCAUGGUAGUUGUCAGCACAUGGCACACAAUACAGUGUUCAUGGUAGUUGUCAGCACAUGGCACACAACACAGUGUUCAUGGUAGUUGUCAGCACAUGGCACACAAUACAGUGUUCAUGGUAGUUGUCUGCACAUGGCACACAAUACAGUGUUCAUGGUAGUUGUCCGCACAUGGCACACAAUACAGUGUUCAUGGUAGUUGUCAGCACAUGGCACACAACACAGUGUUCAUGGUAGUUGUCCGCACAUGGCACACAAUACAGUGUUCAUGGUAGUUGUCAGCACAUGGCACACAAUACAGUGUUCAUGGUAGUUGUCAGCACAUGGCACACAACACAGUGUUCAUGGUAGUUGUCAGCACAUGGCACACAAUACAGUGUUCAUGGCAGUUGUCAGCACAUGGCACACAAUACAGUGUUCAUGGUAGUUGUCCGCACAUGGCACACAAUACAGUGUUCAUGGUAGUUGUCAGAACAUGGCACACAAUACAGUGUUCAUGGUAGUUGUCAGCACAUGGCACACAAUACAGUGUUCAUGGUAGUUGUCAGCACAUGGCACACAAUACAGUGUUCAUGGUAGUUGUCAGCACAUGGCACACAAUACAGUGUUCAUGGCAGUUGUCAGAACAUGGCACACAAUACAGUGUUCAUGGUAGUUGUCAGAACAUGGCACACAAUACAGUGUUCAUGGCAGUUGUCAGAACAUGGCACACAAUACAGUGUUCAUGGUAGUUGUCAGCACAUGGCACACAAUACAGUGUUCAUGGUAGUUGUCAGAACAUGGCACACAACACAGUGUUCAUGGUAGUUGUCAGAACAUGGCACACAAUACAGUGUUCAUGGUAGUUGUCAGCACAUGGCACACAAUACAGUGUUCAUGGUAGUUGUCAGCACAUGGCACACAAUACAGUGUUCAUGAUAGUUGUCUGUACACCACUUUUAGGUGGGUGGAGCAUCUGUAACUGAACUUGAUACAAUAAUGUCAUUGUCCAGUAUGUAUCAAUCUUCAAGGCAACAAGUUUGAUUAGAUUCAUAUUGUAGGGCUAUUUUAAACUUGUAAAUUUCAGAAUACAAUUGUCAAUUAUA